AGAGGAGGAGCCUGUGGGGUGUGGGACUCCAGACAAAGGAGACAUAUACUCACUGACACUGGAUCACUGGAGCAAAAGGAGAGGCACAAGAGACAAUCCUCAACGACUUUCUUUUUUGUGUUUUGGAAAAGUUUGUAUUUUUUUUUGUUUGCCAGCUGUAUGGAUUCCUUUGUGAGUUAAGAUAUGUUUGUGCUGGAGUAGUUCUUCCCAUAUCCUGUCUGUAGCGUGUAGAAGUGUGUGGGUUAGUAUGUUUGGGAUGGAAAAGUGGGGCUGGCACAACCUACACAUCUGCUCUUAGCUUUACGCCAUGGGGGGUUGCCAUAGUUACCCCUCGGCUACGAAGGCAGACAGUCAGACUCUUCAGCCUUCUGACAUCAGCUGUGAAAAACUGGGAAUUAAUAACAAUAAUCUGGAGGAGCGGCCAUAUCUGCAGCAGCAGUUUGUGUGUCAGCAGAUCCCACACACAGACAUGUUUGCCCUCACAGCACUGCCGCCUGGCAUCGACAAGGCGGAGUGGCUUGCCAGCAACACUGUGGCAUUUUUCAAGCACAUAAACCUGUUCUCCAGUGCGCUGUCUGAGUUCUGCACUCCCAGCACCUGCCCAACUGCCUGUGGACCAGACAACACGGUUUAUGUUUGGACCGAUGACCACGGCAGGAAGCUGAAGUGCUCUGCACCACUUUACUUUGACUAUGCCAUGUCAUACAUUCAGGAGCUGCUGACUGAUGAGGAUGUGUUCCCCACAAAAGCAGGUGCAGUGUUUCCAACAGGCUUCGUCUUUCUGGUCCAGAAGGUGUUUUUGCUGUUUUUCAGGACUCUGGCUCACAUUUACUGGUCUCACUACAGACAGACAUUGGCGCUGGGCCUGCACCCACACCUCAACACACUCUUCGCGCAUCUCACACUUUUUUGCCGGCAGCAUUCCCUGUUGGAGCCGGAGGACACUGAGCCAUUGCAGGACCUCAUCACAGCUCUGGGACAGCAUGGCUGGACCUAAAGAGCAAACACGCAUAUUAUACACCCACAUUUUCAUCACACACUUACAUACUUGUUAUGUCUUGUUAAAAAGCUAUAUAGUGUCUCGCUCCACUCUGGGUCAAACUUAAAUUUACUUCACAGUAUGGAUUUUUUUUUUUUUUUUUUAAGUCUGGAGUUUUAAAAUAGACAAUAAAAUACUGUUAACAGUAUUAGGGAGAAUGAAAGAGUCUGUUUUGUAUCAGACAAGAAAAGAAGUAUCUUGCUCCAGUUGUAUAUAGUUGUCGUCAGUUAUUGUGAUACUGUGUGAAUCUGUGAUUUUGCAUUUUAGUGUAUUUCAACAUAAUGGUGCAUUAUUAUAUUUUGUUAAGGUCAAGACCUUCAAGGUCAUUCAAGUCUUCCUCAUAGACUUAAUUCUGUAAUAAAAAAACAACAAAAAGCGUCCAGUUCACAGUCAAUACAAACAAAAUGUGGCGUCAUUACAUUUUGAACAUUUGCAAAAACCCAUAAGGGUGAUGUGUUGAUACAAAUGUGAUUACAUUAGCGUGACUGCAUCAAUAUGGAACGACAAAGCCAAUCUCUGCAUCUGCAUUAUGUGCUCUGUACAUUUAUGACAGGCCAUUUUCUGUAUAUAGAUUUAAAAUAAAAGAUAUAUGCUCUCUUAAUUAUCUAGAAGCCAUCAAAUAACAGCAUGUCUACAUUUAGUUCAAUACGCUGCAACUAUCUCUUGUGUUUUUUCUUGGUCUUGCAGUAACUGCUGGUGCUGUAAAUUCAGCAUGUCUCCAGGUCUUUAGUUUGAGAGCAGCACCACCUGCUGCCAGCACAGGAAAGCAGCAUGUAGUAUGUCAUUUUUUAACCUUAACUGUAAGCUAUAUUGUACUGCAGUCUGUAGGCAUAAUGUUUGUUUUGUUGGCUGCAGCCUAUUGGAUUUGAGAUAAAACAAUGACUAUCCAGGUAAAGUGGUGAGUUUCAGCUUCUAUGAUGUAAAGACAUUAACAUCCAGAUUGUCAUUAUUGUUAGUAACUUUUAAAAUGGCAGGACUCUGUAUCAAAGGGCCAUGAGUCCUACUCUACUCCCCUAUUACAGAUAUGAACACCCUCAAGGACCCUUCAAGCUGGAAAGACAGCACUUACGUUAUCCUUUUGUCAUCUUUUCAUUUCAAAUCUUGGAGUGAAGCCAAAAGAAGAGAAAAUGUGCCACUAAUCAGAAAACAUUCUUCGUCUUCAGAAAUAAAAUU